UAAAGCAGUGAUUUUACCUUUGAUUUUACUUGUCUGUUCUGUUUUUAGUCCCAAUAGGAAAUUUCUUUUAGGGUUGGAGAGAGCGGUGUUUUACUUCUUGUGGGGGUCUAAGUGGGAGCGAAUAAAGAGGGAGGUCGUGAAGAAAAGACACGAGAACGGCGGCAAAGGCCUCCCGGACCCCCACCUGUUUUUAGGCAGUCGUUUCACCGCUCCACGUCCGCUAUGCUGUGACCCCAUCCAGUGAAAACAAAACAGCUGCUAUGGCCCGAUUCUGGAUGGGGUCUUAUCUGAGAAUGUUAAAGAUUUUACCAGUUGAUUUAAAGACCCCAGUGUCUUUUAACCUCCCCAAGGAGUAUGGUUUUAUCAAAAAGUUUUUAAAGAAGUAUCUUUUAGAAAAUGAAAAUGUCACCAUUUUAACUAAUCACAAGUCUAUUAUCUCUCUUGUGCAGGACCGGGAAACUGUGAGCCCAGUUCCAGGCCUCACUCUAGGUGAGACCAAACAAGUUUGGAGGAACGCUGCCCACCCGGCUCUCCAGAACAGGCACAAGGACUUGUCAUGGAUGGUGGCCCAUGAGAUCCUCCCGGUCAGGGCGGUAAUGCACUCGCGUGGCAUGGCCACAUGCCCUACCUGCCCCCGGCCCGAAUGCCAUGCCCCAGAGACCGUCCGACACCUGCUCUGGGAGUGCGGCGCUGCGCGAGACCAGUGGACCGCGACCGGCCCCCUGUUAUUCCCGUGCCUACCAGCGGGUGGGGUCCAGAUGGAUUACAAGCUCGCCGUCCUAGGAGUGGGCAAGUGCUGGAAGGCCCUCACAAAGCAGCAGUUUACAGUGCUCUGGCUCACACUCAACGCCAUAAAGGACGCCAUCUGGUCCACCAGAAACCUGUUGGUGGGGAAACGCGUGACGGUGUCCCUGCACGCGAGCGAGCAGAUGGCAAGGUCCACGCUGCAGGGUUACCGCAUGUCGUCAUUCGGACGGGGGGGCCGGGGUCACACAGGAAAGGUCCCGGCCGCCACCGUACCUGGCUGCCCGUAGAUGCCCCCUUACCAACAUCGGCUACGGGAGCAGCGGGCUAGAAGUUGGAGGAACUCCGCUGGGACCUGAAGUGACAAGCCUUGGCCUGCUCUGAACACUGGAGUGAUGGCCCUUUUUGAUAGGGACUCGCACCCGGUCCUGAACAAAUGGGGAUUAUGAUUUGCUUACUUGCGUAUUUAUUUGUUCAUCUAUUUAUUCAUUUAAUUAUUUAUUUAAUUAUU